AUGCCGAAUAUAGUUGUAUCAGGCAAAGAAACCGCGGAGCACCCUAUUGAAUCGAAACGAACAGAACCCGGUCGCGGCAUCAGCCAGUCCAUCGCGGGGGUAGGCCGACCGAUACCGAGAAACCGGGACCGCGACGUUGGAGGACGCAAGGAACCCGAAAUGAAUCAAGCUUGGAUGGAACCGGGAAUGGCCGAGUUUUUUCGGCAAUUCGCAUCUCAGAUGGCAUGGGGGUUAGUGCAUACGCCCCAGAGGUCCAUUGGGCACGAGGACGGCAAGAAUAUGAGGAAUUUCCUCGACCUUGUGGAGUUAGAGUUCAUCGAACGAGGGCUGGAGGAGCGGCAGUGGGGACAAGAACUCAAAAGAUAUCUGACGGGCGACGCCUUGGGUUACUGGUUGUAUCUGCGUCGCACGGGAGUACUCCUGACUGAUUGGGAGCAACUGAGACAGCGAUUCUGUGCGCAAUUCUGUAACAUAACAAAGGAACGGAUGAAAGUCAUGAUAGCGGAGAAUGUAUGGAGGGGCGAUCACCACGCAUACUCUGCGCGCUUUGCGGCUAUCGUGGCCCAAGGGGUAUCGGUGGCACCAGACCUGUUGGUGGGUUACUAUUUGGCCAACCUGCCGGAUGAAAAAUACCGAGAGAUAACUCAAGGGGGAACAAGGAAAUUCGCGGACUGGCAGGAAGCAGCCGCAGCACUGGCUACCACGGCGGCACCGUGGAGGGAUUCAUGCGAAGAUCGCCUCCGAUUCCAGCGGGACUUAGAGGAUGCCAAGCGUAGAUGGGCUAACGGAGGGCGAGAGCCGGGCCCACAACGCGAACGAGCGAGCAGGGAAAACAGACGGAAUGACACUACGGACUCACGCUUAGCGUCAGGGCCUAACUCCAUUCCAGUCUCCCCAGAUUGGGGGAAGAGGUUGCUUAUUCUGGAGGAACAGGAACGCGCCGAGGGUCCGGAGAUGGGGGAGAUCCAGCAACCCUCGGCAGACCAGUCCCACGCCGGGACUACGUUGCAAAUUGAGGAAGGGUCUAGGCGUAAGCUGGACCACUGCGGCGAGCUAAACGACGCCGCAGCUGAAGGGGACCGUCCGCAGGACACGAGCACUAAAGAACCACAGUGGUGGCGCGAGCAGAGGACGCAGGAAGACUCCACUUCCAAGGGGACUCUGUGUAGUGUGGGUAUGACCGCCGUAUUAAUAGUCGAAGUGGCUGGCAGCCAAUGCGAAGUUCUUCUAGAUACCGGCGCCUCAAGAAGCUUCAUUAGCCCAGGGGCGGUAGAACGCCUACGGCUGAAAGCGUGGAAGCGGCCUGAGGAAUGUGUGUUCACCGUAGCUAACGGUGCGCAGUUGAGGAUAGAUCGCGUGGUGAAGGGACUCACUAGGUGGUGUGGGGCUACCCGUUUAGCUGUCGACUUCUUAGUCGGGCCUGUGCCAUAUGACCUAGUGGUGGGGCUUGAUUGGCUGACUAAUCAUAGGGUAGCGUGGUAUUUCCAGUCUGAUCAGCUACGUACGUAUGUGAAUGGCCAGUGGUGCGAUCUACCUGUUGUUCGUGCCAACGAUGUCACACAACGGAACGGCAGUACUCUAGGGACGCGUCAGCGGACCCCCGCGGAGCAGGCGUACGACAUACUGGCUAAGCAGGUAGCAGACAUGACUAGGGAGGAAGCUACGGCACUUCUACGCCCGCCCUCCAAGAAGUACAAGCCACCCUCAAAAGGCAAACGGAAGGCAGUGGUCGCUGCUCUGAUACAGCAGGCUUCGGAGAGCGCAGCCUGCAUACGCCAUCCACUUCAAGGGCUCUACGUUGUACUAGCUCUUCCCGCGAUGGAGUCGAACGUGGCUCUGCGUCUAGUGGAGGAGUGGCAAGGGGCUUUAUGUUGUGCCAUGGUCGAAACCUCCCCUCCCAACCCCCAACAGCAGUGUCUUAAGGCUCUACCCGCUUCCGCGCUUCCCGAAGAAGAGGAAACAUCCCCUUGGCCAACGGCCAAACUCGAGUACUCGCAAUUCGAUACGUGGCUAACUUCCGUGGAGGCGCAGGCCACUCCCCGUGUGAUACUGGAUGUGUUGUGUGCCCACCGCGCGGUCUUCCCGGAUAAACUUCCUACAGGGCUGCCACCGAAGCGCCCCCACGAUCACCGUAUCCUCCUCGUGCCAGGGAAGCUCCCUACGAAGUCGGCGAUCUACCGCAUGACCCCCGAACAACUUCAAUUUCACAAGCAGGAGAUAGCUAAACUGUCUGCUAAUGGGUGGAUUGGCCCCACUUACUCUCCUAUCUGUGCACCUACGAUUAUGGUAGAUAAGCGUAGCGAUGGAACGGGCGAGCGUAAGAUGCGCAUGGUUGUCAAUUACCGGGAGCUGAACGCCCUUACGAUUGCGCCUGAUUUUCCCCUACCACCCAUUCAAACGAUUCUUGAGAUGCUAGGGGGUGCCCAGUACUUUUCUACCCUUGACCUCGAGUCAGGAUUUCACCAGAUAAGGAUGGCUAAGGAGGAAAGGUGGAAGACAGCUUUCCGUUCUGUUAUGGGGCUAUUUGAGUAUAAGGUCAUGCCCUUUGGCCUCAAGGGCGCGCCUGCUAGGUUUCAGGCCAAUAUCAAUGCCUACCUCCAGCCUUUAGUAGGUCAGGGAGUCAUCGCGUACCUCGAUGAUGUCCUCAUGUACAGCCACGACCUUCCCAGUCACGUUACCCUCCUCCAACAAGUGCUACGUAUUUUCCUCGAUCACCAAUUUUACCCAAAGUUCUCUAAGCGGAAGUUUGCGAAGCGGGAGCUUAACUACCUGGGCUAUACAGUCAGCGCGGAGGGCAUAAAACCCGCAGCAGACAAGAUUCAAGUCAUCAAGGCGUGGCCCGAGGUGUUGGAGAACGAGACGCAAAUUCGUCAGUUCUUAGGCACCGUUAAUUAUUGUCGCAUGUUCAUGGGCCCGGAUUUUGCUAGGGUCGCCCGCCCGCUCGUCGAUCUCACACGCAAAGGUGUCCCUUUCCAGUGGACAGACGCACAUACUCAGGCGGUACGCCACCUCAAGCAGCUUUUGAUUGAUUACACCACCCUACAGAUUCCUGACACCACGAAACCCUUUGAGCUAUACACGGAUGCUUCUGGCUAUGCAAUUGGCGCGGUCCUCGAACAGGCCGGUCAGCCAAUAGGGUUCCUCAGUCAGGCCAUGACCCCCACGCAGCAGAAAUACUCGAUCUACGACCAGGAGCUUUUGGCCUUAGUCUCUGCACUCGACAACGCGCCUUAUAACGCUGCCUCUACCAAGCAGGGUGAAGUUGUUCAACUGGAGUUCCAACAUCGUCGUCAUACCUUCCGUUUUGUUCUGCCCUACUUACAUAUCUGCGUUAAUGAUCUCUGGCUUAUUUGCGUGCCUCAAUUUCCAGAGUUCCUCACUCACGUCCUGUACAGGCAUCAUGAUCACGUCACCGCCGGGCAUCGAGGCCAAAAGAAGACCUACAAGGCCCUCAGCAAGCGUUACUAUUGGCCUGGCAUGCGUACUUACACCAACGCGUACGUGGAGUCCUGCACGCAGUGUCGCGCAUCCAAAUCCCUCAAUCAGAAACCCGCCGGCCUCUUACAGCAGCUGCUUAUUCCCUCGCGCCGGUGGAGCUAUGUUAGCCUAGAUUUCGUCACUGACUUACCCCUCACUACCACUGGGCACGACGCCAUCCUGAUCGUCGUUGAUUCUCUCAGCAAGAUGGCACACUUUAUUCCGGCCAAGAAGUCCCAUUCAGCCGCCGACACUGUAGAGCUCCUUGCUGACCGUCUCAUCCGCUACCACGGCUUCCCCGACGUCCUUAUUUCCGACAGGGAUCCUCGUUUCCAAUCGGAAGUGUGGUCGCAAUUGUGCUCACGUUUCAAUAUUACCCGGGCGAUGUCUUCUUCUUACCACCCGCAAACGGACGGCCAGACCGAGCGAGUUAACCGCACCCUUGAACAGAUGCUACGCACGUACAUCCAGGCAGACGAGAGGGAGUGGGAAGGCCUGCUGCCUGCCUUGGAGCUAGCGUAUAACACCACCAGUCAUUCCUCUACUGAGCUUUCCCCUUUCGAAAUCAUGAUUGGGGAGAAUCCCUUAACCACGGCGGACUUAGACAUUGUUGGUGCUUUGGCUCCUACGCUCACUUCCCCUAUGACGAAACUCUUCCGGCAGCUCUGCGAUCGCGCACAGAGCCACAUCCUCCAGGCAAAGUGGCGUCAGAAAUACUACGCUGACGCCCGCCGCAGGGCUGUGGAAUAUAAGGGACACAAUGUUUUUCAUGUUUCACAAUUGGUCCCACAUCAUCCCCGUGAUCCCGCUUUAGUUCCACACGAAGCUCCAGUGGGCUGGCUACCAACACGCGAUGACGCCGGCAACCCUACGGACCAGUAUCUUGUCGACUAUACCAUGGACCAAAGAGGGACUGGAGAGGAGGCGCAUUAUCUUGUUAAGUGGCGGGGUGCUCCCGAGGAAAGGGCCACAUGGCAACCGGCAACGAAUGCAGUGUGUGCCAGUACGGCGGCGAAACAGUGA